GGAACGGAGAGGCGGACUCGCGAGCGGGAUGAAGUCACGCAAUCCGAAUGCCCGUUCCAACGACACCGGCGCGUCCAGCGCUAAGUCUCGUGCACGGCCUGAUUCGCAACGGUCAAAACCGCGAUCGCAAGCGCGAGGUCAAAUAUCCGAAACCGCUCUUCCUCUGCAGUACUGGUACCGUGGUCUCGAGCGGAGGAACACUGAAGGUGAUCACAACUGGUGGCUUGUCUUGCAAGCCUCCGGGCGGCUCGUUGUCCAGAGUCGGUCGCCGGAGUCCCAAUUAUCAAAGGAAUCGUUCGAAUUUGAGUGCGAUCGCGAAAUUGUUCAUAUCGAGUACUGUGAGGGACCGAAAGUUCCAUUCAUCUCGAUGCAAACGCUUCCUUCCGAUCAGCAACGGAAGACCCCAGGCAAGUUCGUACCGGGCUCGCAAAACUGGGUUGGCCGACUAGUCUUCGUCAUUGAAGAGCGACAUCCGAAUACUACGGAAUUCAAUGCCAUGAUCAGGAAGCUCGGGUCUUUCUUCGAGAAAAGAUCAGUUUGUAGGAUCAAUUUCGUGACGGUGAAGUCGAUGCUCGAAGCCAUACAGGCGACAGCGGAGCGUUCGAAGCCGCCACCGGGGCUCGAAUCGGAUAACCUCGGAGGUUCGAAUCACAGGGCACAAUCAGCGUCCCGGAAGGCGUCUGGGCUGGAGACUGAAGAACUCGACUCCGAAACACCAAGACUGGUCCCUCCGGAGGCUAAGCGGCAACCAAAGACGUACUCCAGUGACAGGGCCAGAGCGGGGGGUAGUGCCGCAGCGCAGCUCACACCUUUGCGUCGUUCAACUCGUCAUUCAUUACCAAACGGUAGACAAACCCCUACACCUGCGGUUGAUCCUGAGGAGAUUAUCCUGGUAUACCCUCUGAACGGCACUGGCGCCGGCAAAGUUACAAUCACGCGAGGUGACGUCAGCCGACUGAAGCCCGGAGAGUUCCUGAACGACACUUUGAUCGAGUUUGGUCUCAAGUUCUGGCUCAACGAGCUACGAGCCAAGGAUCCGGAUCUCGCGGAUCAAGUUCAUGUCUUCAGCUCCUUUUUCUUCAAAAAGUUAGACAACAGACGCGCCGAAGACGGAUAUUCUAGCAUACGCAAAUGGACGUCGAAAGUCGAUAUUUUCAAGAAAAAGUACAUAAUCGUGCCUAUCAAUGAGAACUUUCAUUGGUAUCUUGCAAUUAUCUACCAACCAGAGUACAUUCUUUCGCCGCCUCCGCCCACGCCUCAAAAGGUUGUUACCCGCGCCCAAAAGCGGAAGUCAGACGCACUUGAGGUCGAGACAGAAACAUCUAUCACCACGGAUUCCCCGGAGAUUGAGAUUGAGAAGCCUGAACAGACCGAUGACAAGGACGAGUCCAAACAUCAACGGUCCGAGUCAAAUCAUUCUCAGUCGACGCAGUCAACGCAACUUGCGAGCGAACAAGACGUACAGGAAUUGCUUGGCUCCAUGUCGUUUUCUGAGUCGCGCCCCGACGCAUCGCCGAUGGAAGACCAACAGGAUUCCUUACCCCAGUCACCGUUGGAGACACCUGGCAUGGAGCUUGACAAACCUGAAGCUGAAGAAGCCCCGGGUCCUGUCAACAAUGAUGGAAGUACCAUUUCUCCUGUCUCCUUCUAUGGCAAGGGACUGAAGAGGAAGGCGCCGCCGAGCGAGGAAGAGACCCAAACGAACGUCACCACCUCAGCCAACACCGAGCACCCUACUACAUCUAUUUUUAUCUUCGAUUCGCUCCGAUCAGCUCACCCGAAAGCUGUGAGGAUACUUUCAAGAUACUUGGAGUUGGAGGCGCGGGACAAGAAGCAAAUCGAGAAUACAAGCAAGCCCCGCGCACAAGUAGCACAGGUCCCUGUUCAACCAAAUUCCUGCGACUGUGGUGUUUACCUACUGCAUUUCGCGAAAACCUUCAUGGAAGACCCGGAGAGGUUUGCAGCACUGAUAUGGGCACCAAAGAAGUCGAUCACCUACAAGGAUAGUUCGGAGCAUUGGCAAGGCGAGGCUGUCAGUACGAUGCGAGAAGAAUACAUAGCGAAGAUCGAGGCCCUGUCUGAAGAAUGGCGGAGGAUUAAGGACGAAGAUGCGAAACGGAGAGGGGAAACUACUGGCGAAGACAAGAGGUCCGGCGGGGACGGUGAGACCGUGGACAGCGAUUCCGACAUCGAGAUCGAAGAGGUCAAAACCGUUGAGGAAGCCAGGCCUUCAAAUUCGCGCAAACCCAGACAUCGUGCGAGGCGAACAGGCGGAGCACCGAAGCAACGAGAACAACCUGUCCAACAGGAAGCUACUCGUUUACGUGGUUGAUGCAGAAUGUCCGCACUGCUUUCAUUUCACUUCUUUUUGUUGCAUGCUAUCUUGGGGUUCUAUUUUCAAUCGCAUCUCGUGCGUUUAGCACCUUCACUCUUUCACAUAGUCAAUGACAUGAUAAUAUAUGCAUCCUCUCCUAAUGUAUAUUAUCGAUGAAUG